CAGAGUCAGGCUGAAACACAGACUGAGGAAGAGAAAAAGCUCAACCAGGUUAAUUAAAAGUCUUAUUCAUUAAAUAACAUGGAUCACAGCAGKUAAAAUUCACCUGAUGGUUCAUUUUAUUUGGUCAAGUCAGACUUUUUUUGUGUUCUUUGUGCAUCUUUGUAAAACUCUUUUCCCCUGAAUGAUGUGUGUUUAACUUUAACUUUGGGCUGCAGGAAGGGGAAAUAAAGUGUGUAGAUUAUAGAGGAGGUCUGGCAUUGGGGUUGUGGGCAGUGUUUGAAAAGGAGGAAUGUAUAAGACAGUGGGCAAACAUCACUGGUAGCUUUAAAACACACACACUCAUACACACACACAGAGUCCCGCACUGCUCCCAAGGGCUUCAUUGAGGAUUUAACAGCCUGUCUCUGCUCGGUGGCUGCUGAUCAAACAGUUGUCUCCAUGGCUCUCCUGUUCUGUGGCUUGUUGGUGCUGCUGAGUGGGGUUGAUCCUGCUCAGACCUUACUCAUCACUGACAUGGAGUACGGAGGCGUUCCUCUGUGGGUUGACCGCCUGCAGGGUGAGCCCAGUGUGCUCAGUCUGCACGGACGAAUGGACCCCAGCUGGUUCCGGGCCAACAACCCCCAGUCCUGCCCGGAGGAGUGUGUCUGUCCCAUCCAGUGGCCCACGUCGCUCUACUGUGACCACAGAGGUCUGAAAAACAUCCCUGAAAUGAUGCCAAAUGAAACCCAGUACUUGUUUUUACAGGGUAACAACAUCUCGUCACUGUCCUCUUCCAUCCUGGCCAACAUCACCGGUCUACGCUGGCUCAUCAUAGACAGAAACCAGCUGCAGAGCGACAUGCUGGAGCAGGCCUCCCUGCAGAACCAGACCCAGCUGUGGUACUUCUUUGCCAAUCACAACCAGCUGACCUCGGUGCCCAGCGCUCUGCCAGCUGGGCUCAGACAGCUGCGACUGGCCUACAACCGCAUCAGCAGCAUCAGCCCGGACGCUUUCCAGAACCUGAACGAUCUGACGCUGCUUCUGCUGCAGGGAAACAAACUGCAGAUCAUCGCAGAGGGCGACCUUAAAGGUUUACUCAGUCUCAAACUGUUGGACCUCAGUGAYAAUUUCUUCUCUGCCGUCCCCAAACACUUACCUCCGUCGGUCCAGCAGCUGUACCUGUCCAACAACACUCUCUCUGGUCUGGACGAGGACAGUUUUGUGGCUCUGCUCAACCUGAAGUACCUGCGCCUCAGUCACUGUCACCUGCAGAGCCCCAGCCUUCAUCCGCACGUCUUUAACUUGUCCAGCCUGGUGGAGCUGGACCUGGCGUAUAACAAACUGACCUCGGUCCCCACAGUCCCCACCACUCUGCAGUAUCUCUACAUGGAGGCCAAUUACAUCCAAGAUUUCAACGUGACUAGUUUCUGCAGAGACAUCGGACCGCUUUCCUAUUCCAGGAUACGGAUCCUACGAUUGGAUGGAAACAGAAUGACCUACCACCAGCUCCCCCCUGACUGGGUUUACUGUCUGCGAGUGCUUCAGAAAAUUUACAUUUGAUUUUCCCUUCUUGAUGGUUGUUAAAAACAAAUAUCUCUUCAAAACUACAAAGUAGUUCUUUGUAGAUUUAAACAUCUAAACAUCACAUCUAAACAUGACUGAACCUUUUUUUACUUGUCCAACUCAUCAUUUGUAUGGGACGCCAAGUAUAAAAUAAAAUGUUAAAAAAUGUCACUAACACAUUUUCAUUAUUAAUCUCACUUUUUGACUGUAAACUCCUAGUUUAAAAAUGUCCACUAACAUUUUAUUGUUAUUUAGCUCGC